GUAGACAUGCUGAAUACUGAUUUGGAAGGUUUAUGACACAUGUCAAUUAUGUCCACCAAAUGACAUUACAUUGCUCGGAAUGUAUGAGAACCCUGGGAGAGCCUGCAGAAAAUUUAAGGGUCCAUACAUCUCCCUUUAUUCAUUAAUUCUAAGAAAUAUACCAUGGGGACCUGGUUUUUAGGAAUUAUCAAGGUUGAUGCACAUAGACUGUAAUGUUAAUUGUAAAAGCUUUCAGGACUCAAGGCAAUAGGAAACCUGCGUAUACAAAGCAGGCCUACACUGGAUAUGCAAUCGUAACCAUCAUCUGACCUUCAUAAAACAAAGCUGGAUGUAUCUCUUUUUUGCCUAGUACAUUUACAUGCAGGAGUGCAAUGCUACAAGAGCCCUGGUCUUUUCAUAGAUGUGUAAUAAGAUGUAACAUUUACCCAAAAUGGACUGAGAGUAAAUACCUCACAUUUUCAUCUUUACCAUCCAAGUUUUUUUUCUGCUGGUCCAUCCUGGCUAUUGUCUUCUUUCCACAGUUUGUGAACUCUCUUCCAUACAAAGUUGGUGUUGUCGGACCUUGGUCCUGUGAUCCUUUGUUUUCUAAAGCUCUUCCACAUAUCGCUGCCAAGUUAGCUGUUGAACGCAUCAAUAAAGAUGCUACCUUAGACUUGGGUCUUAAUUUUAAUUAUGUGAUAAUUGAUGAAGACUGCCAAACUUCAAAGGCUCUUUCAACAUUUCUUACAUACUCUGGGGUUGCUUCAGGCUUUAUUGGCCCUUCAAACCCUGGAUAUUGUGAUGCUGCUACUCUUUUAGGAAAGAACUGGAACAAAGCUGUGUUUUCUUGGGCCUGCAUCAACUAUGAGCUGGACAAUGUGAAAAGUUACCCAACAUUUGCCAGAACACUACCCUCACCCACCAGGGUUCUUUUUAAUGUAAUGAAGUAUUUUCAGUGGGCGCAUGUUGGAGUCAUUUCAUCCAAUGAAGACAUUUGGAAGGAUACUGGCAGGAAAGUGGCAAAUGCACUCCGCAAUAAUGGUUUGCCAGUUGGAAUUGUUAUAUCUAUGGGAGAGGACAAUCAUAGCAUUCGGCAAGCUCUGGAUAAAGUGCGCAAGGUUGACAAUCUACGCUUGAUCAUAAUGUGCAUGCAUUCUGUGCUUAUUGGAGGCCAACGACAACGGAAACUUCUGGAAAUUGCCCAUGACAUGAAAAUGACAGAUGGUACCUAUGUGUUCAUCCCAUAUGACACCCUCUACUAUAGCUUGCCCUAUAAGAAGACACCAUAUGAGACACUCAGACUCAGUUCCAAGCUCAGAGCCGCCUAUGAUGCUGUACUCACUAUAACUGUGGAGUCAGAACAAAAAAGCUUCUUUCAAGCCUUCCAAGAAGCACAGGACAGCGAUGAGGUUGUCACCAAAGUUAUUCCCACACAGGUGUCUCCUUUAUUUGGAACCAUAUAUAAUGCAAUUUAUUUUGCUGCACAUGCCAUGAACAGCAGCAAAAGGCACCACAGCUGGGUUUCUGGGUCCAGCUUAGUCAAGCAUUCAAAAAACAUGCAGUUUUAUGGCUUUAACCAGUGGAUUAAGACAGACAUGAGUGGCAAUGGAUUCACAGACUAUGUCAUUCUGGACACAGACAUAAAGACUUGCGAGCUUCACCGAACCUAUAUUGUGGAUAUGGAGACGGAUAUGGUCAGGUUCACGGGAAGAGCAAUUCACUUUCCAAAUGGUGUCUCCCCAAAAUCGGACUCAUACUGCUGGUUUGCAAAUGGAAAAAUCUGCACUGGAGGUAUUGAUCCUGCCUUUGCUUUAAUGGUCUUUCUGUGCAUACUCGUUGCAAUCAUCUCUAUAAAUGGACUUGCCUAUGUUAUAAGACGUCGUAUUAAUAAAAUUAAACUUGUUAGGGGGCCUAACAAGAUUCUUCUGACUCUGAAUGAUGUCACAUUUAUUAAUCCUCAAAUCAGCAUCAAGAAAAUGAGCAAUGAUGGUAGUCGCACCAGUGACAGCGCACAGGUGAUGUCAGACACCAGGAGCAUGAAGUCACCCAUGAGGUCUGGUUCUAUUAAGAGUCUCACCCCAGCUACUUAUGAGAACUCCAAUGUAGCAAUCUAUGAGGGUGACUGGGUAUGGAUGAAAAAGUUCCCAUCUGGGGAUUUUGGAGACCUGAAGCCAGGAACAAGUGAUGUUUUUGAAAUGAUGAAAGACAUGCGUCAUGAAAAUGUCAACCCAUUCCUUGGGUUUUUCCAUGACUGUGGAGUCUUUGCCAUUGUCACGGAAUUUUGUUCCAGGGGCAGCUUAGAGGAUCUCCUCCGAAAUGAAGAUGUCAAACUUGACUGGAUGUUUAAAUCUUCUCUCCUGUUAGAUCUUAUUAAGGGCAUGAAGUAUUUACAUCACAGAAAGUUUAUUCAUGGUCGACUUAAAUCUGGCAACUGUGUAGUAGAUGGACGCUUUGUGUUAAAAGUCACAGAUUAUGGGUACAAUGAAAUCCUACAGACUCAAAGGAUUGCACAUGAAGAACCUUCUGCACUUGAGUUGUUAUGGACAGCACCAGAAUUACUGAGAGAUCCACAUGCAGCACUGCAUGGUACAUUUGCUGGAGAUAUUUAUAGCUUUUCUAUUAUCAUGCAGGAGGUUGUGGUACGUGGACCUCCAUUUUGCACAUUGGAACAAACUCCAGAAGAAAUCAUCCCAAAGAUUAAAAAACCUCCUCCUUUGUGCCGCCCAGUGGUCUCUCCUGAUCAUGCUCCUAUGGAGUGUAUUAUACUCAUGAAACAGUGCUGGAAUGAAGUACCAGACAGACGUCCUUCUUUUGAUGAAAUAUUUGAUCAAUUCAAAAACAUCAAUAAAGGAAAGAAAACAAACAUUAUUGAUUCCAUGCUGCGCAUGUUGGAGCAAUAUUCAAGUAACCUAGAAGAUUUAAUACGUGAAAGAACAGAAGAACUGGAGAUAGAAAAACAGAAAACUGAAAAGCUCUUAACACAAAUGUUACCUCCAUCUGUGGCAGACGCACUGAAAACAGGCUGCACAGUAGAACCUGAAGAGUUUGAUGAAGUCACCCUAUACUUCAGUGAUAUAGUGGGUUUUACCACGAUAUCAGCCAUGAGUGAGCCCAUUGAGGUAGUCGACCUUCUUAAUGAUCUGUACACAUUAUUUGAUGCUGUCAUAGGAAAUCAUGAUGUAUAUAAGGUAGAGACAAUAGGAGAUGCCUAUAUGGUCGCAUCAGGCCUUCCUAAGAGGAAUGAGAACAGGCAUGCAGCAGAGAUUGCUAACAUGUCCCUGGAUAUCCUAAGCUCUGUAGGAUCUUUCAAAAUGAGACAUAUGCCUGAUGUCCCUGUUAUGAUACGUAUCGGCCUCCAUUCAGGGCCUGUGGUAGCUGGUGUAGUAGGCCUGACAAUGCCAAGGUACUGCCUGUUUGGGGAUACAGUAAACACUGCUUCCCGAAUGGAAUCAACAGGGUUACCCUAUCGAAUCCAUGUCAAUCAGAGCACUGUGAAAACGCUCAGAUCUUUAAAAGACGGGUACCUAUUGGAAUUGAGAGGAAGGACAGAGCUAAAGGGUAAAGGUAUUGAAGAGACAUUCUGGCUGGUUGGAAAAGAAGGUUUUACAAAACCGUUACCUGUCCCGCCAGUGGUGAAGUCAGGGGAAGAAAUACCAUUCCGUGAUCUAAAGCGACUCCUGAAGACAGCAGUGAAGAAAAUAACACAGGUCCGACACAUUGCAUCUCUAAUGACACCUGAAACAGAAAGUGGAUAAAUGCAGCCACAGAUGGUGACCCUAAUCUUGUGGAUUAAAUCAAGUCUGAAUCAGUUAAGAAGGACACCUUUCAGGAGGUCAACAAGAUUUACAUAUUACACAGGAUAAACCACAUACACAUGGAUCAUUGCUAUGCAAAAGACAAAAUCCCUGCAUUUUCCCUAUCUCCAGUCUCCGAUCUAUGCAAAAUUUGUACACUGCAGGGUUAUUUGUGUCACCUGUUUGGGUUUGAAAAGCACUGACCUUUCCACACUCCCACACCACUUGCAAGAGAUUGCUGAGCAGUGCAAUAUAAGCCUUUCUUCCAAAAAAUUUGGUUAUUUUUAUGCAUAUUUAUUUUUGUCUGGAAUACACCUUAGAAUAAAUAUAAACACAUUAAAACUGUAAUUUCUAGGCAAUAAAUUAUAGUUUAAAAACACAAA